GUAAAGCGCGUGCUCCGUGACCCACGUGGGCCCACGGUCGCGCGGGGUUCUCGUGAGAACAGCUGUUUGAGCUCGGUUCAGGCGUGCGGGCCGUGACGUCACGGACGGGGUUUCCUGGUGAGAAACGUUACGGCGUCAUGGCGGAGGCCGGCUGCUGGAAGUCUCUGACUUAAAAGGCCAGCUCCCUGGACCCUGCUGACCCACGGACACCGCACGAGUCGCCGGUUCGCACGGUUGAGUGGAACUAUUUGAUCACCGAGCGCUCGGGAACCCUCCACUCCUCGGAUUCGGCCUGGUUUGGAGGCUCGGGGCUGCUCCCCCUGACCGGGAGCUACAGCUAACUUAGCAGGAGUGCGUUAGCUGUCCGGAGCCGCCAGCUCGGCGGCUUAACGGCGGAACGAAAACACGGCCCCGGGCCGUAAAGGUGGACUUGGACAGCUACUGCCACCGUGACUCCUCUGGGAGAAAAAGAAAAGGCCAGGUGGAACUUCUCACUGCUGCUUGUAGGUCUGGACGCUGGGCUUCACCAUGGCAGGACGCAGUGAGGAUGAAAGUGUCAGCAACAGCAGUGGGGGGUCCAGCAACUCAGACGAUGACUCUGGUUCUCGGUCCGGCUCGGCCUCCGGUUCUGGCUCCAGUUCCAGUUCUUCUAGCAGCAGCAGCCAGUCAGACAGCAGCGACUCAGGAAGCGGCUCCGAUUCCGACAGUCAGUCGGACUCUGAAACAGGAGUGUCCAAUGAGAAGACGGAACCGCAGAACAAGUCAAACAUUGACGGAGCAGAGUUCUGGAAGUCCAACCCGAGCAUCCUGGCGGUGCAGAGAUCUGCUAUGCUCCGGAAGCAGCAGCAGCAGCAGCAGCAGAGACGAGCCUCCUCAAACAGCGGAUCAGACGAGGACUCCUCCAGCAGUGACGACUCCUCCUCCAGCGGCUCCAGGAGGAGAAGACACUCGGGCUCCUCAGACUCUGGGUCGGGCUCUGGAUCAGGAAGUGAUUCUGGGUCCGAUUCCUCAGCAGAAGACAACAGUAAUGAAACCACGUCGGACUAUGAGCCCAGCCACGCAUUCAAAGGCAGAAAGCCUCCCAACAAAGUGAAUUCCCGGAACGGAAAGAAAAGUACCGUCCAGAGAAAGAAGAUCCAGAAGCAUUCAUCCUCUGACGAUGAACAUGACGACUACAUCAAGGCGGCGUCCGCUGGCCCCCGGCGGCAGGCCACCGUCAACAUUAGCUACAAGGAGGACGAGGAGCUGAAGACGGACUCUGACGAUUUGUUGGAAGUUCUGGGUGAAGAUGUGCCUCAGCUGGAGGAGGAAGAGUUUGAAACCAUCGAGCGAGUGAUGGACAGCAGGAUAGGGAGAAAACGAGCUACGGGCAGUGUGACCACGGUGUACGCCGUGGAGGCAGACGGCGACCCCAACGCUAACUUCAACCCCAACAAAGAGGCCGGCGACGUCCAGUACCUGAUCAAGUGGAAGAACUGGGCUCACAUCCACAACACGUGGGAGACGGAGGAGACGCUGAAGCAGCAGAACGUCAGGGGCAUGAAGAAGCUGGACAACUUCAAGAAGAAGGAUCAGGAGCAAAAGAAAUGGUUGAAGUCGGCUUCACCAGAAGAUAUCGAGUAUUUCAACUGUCAGGAGGAGCUGAUAGACGACCUGCACUCUCAGUACCAGCUGGUGGAGCGAAUCAUCGGACAUUCAAACCAGAAGUCUGCGGCCGGUUACCCGGAUUACUUGUGCAAGUGGCAGGGCCUGCCGUACUCGGAGUGCAGCUGGGAGGACGGCGCCCUGAUUGCCAAGAAGUUCCAGAAACGCAUCGACGACUACAUGAGCAGAAACCAGUCCAAGACCAUUCCCUCCAGAGACUGCAAGGUUCUGAAGCAGAGGCCCAGGUUUGUGCCCAUGAAGAGGCAGCCAUCUUACAUCGGGGGGGACGGUCUGGAGCUCCGAGACUACCAGCUGGACAGUUUAAACUGGAUGGCCCACUCAUGGAGCAAGGGGAACAGCUGCAUCCUGGCAGACGAGAUGGGUUUGGGGAAGACCAUCCAGACCAUCUGCUUCCUCAACUACCUGUUCCAUGAGCACCAGCUGUACGGACCCUUCCUGCUGGUGGUGCCGCUCUCCACCGUUACGUCCUGGCAGAGGGAGAUCCAGCUGUGGGCGCCGCAGAUGAACGUGGUCGUCUACCUGGGAGACAUCAACAGCAGGAAUAUGAUCCGGACGCACGAGUGGAUCCAUCUUCACAGCAGGAGGCUGAAGUUCAACAUCCUCCUCACAACCUAUGAGAUCCUCCUCAAGGACAAGACAUUUCUAGGCAGCGUCAACUGGGCCUUUAUCGGCGUGGAUGAGGCGCACCGACUGAAGAACGACGACUCGCUUCUGUACAAGACUAUGAUCGACUUCAAGUCCAACCACCGGCUUCUGAUCACAGGGACGCCGCUGCAGAACUCCUUGAAGGAGCUGUGGUCCUUACUGCACUUCAUCAUGCCAGACAAGUUUCACUCCUGGGAGCAUUUUGAGGCCGAGCACGGGAAGGGCAGGGACUCCGGCUACACCAGCCUCCACAAAGAGCUGGAGCCCUUCCUGCUGCGCCGCGUCAAGAAGGACGUGGAGAAGUCUCUGCCAGCCAAGGUGGAGCAGAUCCUCCGAGUGGAGAUGACCGCCAUCCAGAAGCAGUAUUACAAAUGGAUCCUGACCAGGAACUACAAGGCUCUGAGCAAAGGCACCAAAGGCAGCACGUCGGGCUUCCUGAACAUCAUGAUGGAGCUGAAGAAGUGCUGCAACCACUGCUACCUCAUCAAGCCUCCAGAAGACGAGUUCCUGAGCAAGGCGGAGACUUUACAGCUGCUGAUCCGCAGCAGUGGGAAGUUGGUUCUUCUGGACAAGUUGCUGGUGCGCCUAAAGGAGAGAGGCCACCGAGUCCUGAUCUUCUCCCAGAUGGUUCGGAUGCUGGACAUUCUGGCUGAUUACCUGCGGAGCCGGCAGUUCCUCUUCCAGAGGUUAGACGGCUCCAUCAAAGGGGAAAUGCGGAAGCAGGCGCUGGAUCAUUUUAAUGCGGAGGGAUCAGAGGACUUCUGCUUCCUGUUAUCCACACGCGCUGGCGGUCUGGGAAUCAACCUGGCGUCCGCUGACACUGUGGUCAUCUUCGACUCUGACUGGAACCCUCAGAACGACCUGCAGGCUCAGGCCAGAGCCCACCGGAUCGGCCAGAAGAGACAGGUGAACAUCUACCGUCUGGUGACCAGAGGCUCAGUGGAGGAGGACAUUAUCGAGCGGGCCAAGAAGAAGAUGGUUCUGGACCACCUUGUCAUUCAGAGAAUGGACACCACGGGAAAGACCGUCCUAAACACCGGCGCCGCCCCCUCCAGUUCAGCACCGUUCAACAAGGAGGAGCUGUCUGCCAUCCUGAAGUUUGGCGCUGAGGAGCUCUUCAAAGAGCCGGAGGGGGAGGAGCAGGAGCCUCAGGAAAUGGACAUUGAUGAGAUCCUGAAGAGGGCGGAGACCCGAGAGAACGACCCCGGACCGUCCACGGUGGGGGAGGAGCUGCUGUCCCAAUUCAAGGUGGCUAACUUCUCCAUGAUGGACGACGAGGAGAUCGACAUCGACUCUGAGCGAAGUCAGCGCAGCUGGGACGACAUCAUUCCUGAGGAGCAGCGGAGGAGGAUGGAGGAGGAGGAGAGGCAGAAGGAGCUGGAGGAAAUCUACAUGUUGCCCCGCAUGAGGAACUGUGCCAAGCAGAUCAGUUUUAACUCUGGUGAGCGCCGGCACGGCCGCAGCAGGAGGUACUCCGGCUCCGACAGCGACUCCCUCUCAGACCGUAAGAGGCCGAAGAAGCGCGGGCGACCUCGUACCAUCCCGCGAGAAAACAUCAAAGGUUUCAGCGACGCAGAGAUCCGCAGGUUUGUCAAGAGCUACAAGAAGUUUGGAGGGCCUUUAGAGAGGCUGGACGCCAUCGCUCGGGAUGCCGAGCUGGUUGAUAAAUCCGAACACGACCUGAAACGAUUGGCAGAGACGGUCCACAAUGGGUGUCUGAGGACGCUGCGGGAAAACCCUUGUGGACCCGAGAAGACCUCAGGAGGACGACGAGGGAAGGUGAAGGGCCCCACCUUCAGGAUCUCUGGAGUCCAGGUCAACGCUAAGCUGGUCAUCUCCCAUGAGGAGGAGCUGGCGCCGCUCCACAAAGCCAUUCCUGCUGAUCCCGAGGAGAGAAAGAAGUACGUGCUGCCCUGCCACUCGAAGGCGGCGCACUUCGACAUCGAGUGGGGGAAGCAGGACGACUCCAGCCUCCUCAUCGGGAUCUACGAGUACGGAUACGGCAGCUGGGAGAUGAUCAAGAUGGACCCCGACCUGAACCUCACACACAAACUGCUUCCAGAUGAUCCAGACAAGAAGCCCCAGGCCAAGCAGCUGCAGACCCGAGCCGACUACCUCAUCAAACUACUGAGCAAGGACCUGGCCAGGAAGGAGGCGCAGAAGCAGGCGGUGACGGCUAACUCGCGCAAGAGGAAACCACGGAACAAGAAGAGCAAAACUCCGAAGGUGGUGAAGGCGGAGGAGGUGACGAAGAGCCCCUCCUCUGACCCCCCCUCAGAGAAGGCGUCGGACGAUGAGGAGGACGCCGAUGAGGAGAAGGAGACGCUGCUGAAGAGCCGACGGAGCCGGACCGAUAAGCUGCUGAUGGAUGAAGACGAAGAGGAGGAGGAGGACGAGGAGGAGGAAGAAGAGGAGGAGGACCGGGACGGCUCUUCAUCGGGGGAGCGAGAAAGCAGAGAGGAGAUAAAGAAGGAGGAGGAAAGCUGUGAAAUCAAAGACGCCAAGGAGUCAAAGGAGAAGAAGGAGAGCAAAGCUGUGGAGGUGAUCCACAAACAUGAGGAGAAUGACGUGAAGACGGAGCAGCGAGAUCGACCCAAGAAAGCCUCUGACACGCCCGUGCACGUGACAGCCGGAGAGAACAUCGGGGAGGAGUCUGAGGAGCUGGACCAGAGGACCUUCAGCGUGUGUAAGGAGAGGAUGCGGCCGGUGAAGGCGGCGCUGAAGCAGCUGGACCGUCCGGAGAAGGGCCUGUCUGAGCGCGAGCAGCUGGAGCACACCCGGCAGUGCCUGAUCAAGAUCGGAGACCACAUCACCGAGUGUCUGAAGGAGUACUCCAACCCAGAGCAGAUCAAGCAGUGGAGGAAAAACUUGUGGAUUUUUGUCUCCAAGUUCACCGAGUUCGAUGCCAGAAAGCUGCAUAAACUGUAUAAGCACGCCAUCAAGAAGAGGCAGGAGAGCGCGCAGGCGGCCGAGCAGAACACUAGAACUGCAAACACUCACAGCUUCAAGCACGCAGACGUGGAGAGGCUGAAGGACGGCUCGCACCACGACGACAGCAGCAGAGACAGCUACAGCUCGGACAGGCACCCGCCGGCUCCCCGCCACCACGACGGCGGCGGCAGCAAGGAGCGGCACGCCGCCGAGUCCCACCGGAAGAGCUCGCUCACAGAGUCCAGGAAAAGGCCGUACACCUACUUCAGCAACGGCAAAGACCACCGAGACCGAGACCACUACAGACCAGACAGCAGGGACAGAGACAGGUAUUACAGUGAAGGCAAACACAGGAAGAUGGAGGACUCGCGCUCCGGCAGAGACCACCGGCUGGACCUGAAGGACGGCUCGCACUCGGACCACUACCCUUCGCAGCGCUACCACUCGGACUGGCAGGCGGAGCAGCGGGCCUCGGCCAGCGGGACCCGCUCUCCCUACGACUCCCGCUCCCCCAUGGGCCACCGCUCGCCGUUCGAUUACUCGUCGGACCACCGGAGCACACCGGAGCAGAUCUGGAGCAGCCGCAAGACAUAGCAGGAGCUGCGCGGCUCUGCCAGCAGCAGCCUCGGACUCAGAAGCACAGGAAAUGCCUUACAGCGGCCGUGCGCGCGGCGGCGGCGCCGCGACGAACACAGCAGAGGCGGUACGGACGGGUUUUGUUACGCGGGUAACGUUUUCCUGACGCUUGAAUCGGACUCAGACCCUGAAUGCUGCCUCAGUUCCAACCGCCACACUGGAUCCUGUUCUGGUCUGUCCUCGCCGUGCGUCCCGUUUGCUGUGUGUCGACUCCGUCACAAAGGUUCUGGACGGAUCCAGGCUGGACUCAGGCCCAGCAGCUGAAGUACCUCAUUCCCAGCAUUUCCUCAGCAGCUCCUCUGUCUUUAUUUAAGAGCGUAUUGAUGUACAGAAGCUGACCGGGACUCCCCGGUCCGAUCAUGUCUCAGAAGACGAUGUUGUAAAUGUUCUUUUGUAAAAUAUUCAAUCAGUGGAUUUCUUCUCAGGCUCUUGGAUUUCUGAAGACUUCUCCUCUCAACUCAGGCUUUUGUGGUUCUCCGAGUUUCCUGGUGAUCGCUGUCAGAAUGUAAUUUAAAGGGAACUCCGGUGGUCUGUGCUGACUGUCACGUGUGCGGGUCAGAACCGGCCCGCUCCUCCUCAGCAGAAUCAAAGUCGACUUUUUACAUUGUUUUCAUUUCUUUUGAUUUUCCAUGUAGGCAAUAAUGAUGUUUCUAUGCAGCCAAGUAUGUGAGCCGCAGACCUGAAUGAAGUGGCUGCUGUGGUUCACACCUGUACAUACUCUAUAUUUCCAGAUGAAUUUACACUGAGAGUGCAUGAAUUUUUAUCAGCUGUUUUCUAUAGUUGUUUAUCAAACAUUAAAAUCAGUCACUGUACUCGA